GAUGAUCCCUCUCUCUACACGCAGGCAGCAACGAUCGAACCCGGAGAGAGUCGAUCGACCUGCGACUUCUGGUCUUCAGAACCGACACUCAGGUGAAGACCGACAGUGACCUGGCAGCAGGGGGGUCCGACCCGGAGCUUUUCAGUCAUGGUCUUCGAGUCUCUGGUCAGCGACCUGCUCAACAGGUUCAUCGGGGACUACGUGGAGAACCUUGACAAGUCCCAGCUGAAGAUCGGGAUCUGGGGAGGAAAUGUUGUUCUGGAAAACCUGAAAGUGAAAGAGAAUGCCUUGAGUGAGUUUGAUGUUCCAUUCAAAGUGAAGGCCGGACAGAUCGGGAAGCUGACGUUGAAGAUUCCCUGGAAGAAUCUCUAUAGCGACGCCGUGGUCGCCACGUUGGACGGUCUGUACCUGCUGGUGGUUCCCGGAGCCACACUAAAAUAUGACGCAGCGAAGGAGGAGCGCGACCAGCAGGAGGCGAAGCAGAGGGAACUGCAACGCAUCGAGGAGGCGCUGCAGCUGGCUGCAUGCAGAGAAAAGCCUCAGGAGGACAAGAAGGACUCGUUUGUGGAGAAACUGGCGACUCAGGUGAUCAAAAACCUGCAGGUGAAGAUCAGCAGUAUCCACCUGCGCUACGAGGACGACCUGUCAGACCCUCAGCGCCCCCUGUCCAUGGGGGUCACUCUGUCAGAGCUCAGCCUGCAGACGACCGAUGAGAACUGGAAGUCGUGCAUCCUGAACGAAGCAGCAAAGAUCAUCUACAAGCUCGGCCGUCUGGACUGUCUCUGCGCCUACUGGAACGUCAACAGUCCGAUCUUUUACAAACGAUCAUGGGAAGACAUCGUGGAUCAGUUGAAGUGUGGAAUCAGCAGUAAAGAUCAGGAGCUCCUUCACUAUCAGUACAUUUUCAAGCCGAUCUUCGCUUCGGCUACGAUGUGCAUCAACCCGACGGCUGAGCUGGAGCUGAAAGGUCCAAAAGCAAAGCUCCACCUGGAGGUCCAGAACAUCGCCAUCGAGAUGACCAAACCUCAGUACCUGACCAUGGUGGAGCUGCUGGAGUCCAUCGACUACAUGGUGAAGAACGCCCCCUACAGGAAGUUCAGGCCGGACGCCCCCGUUCACCACAACGCCAAACUCUGGUGGAGGUACAGUUUCAACAGCAUCCUGGAGGUCCACAUCAGACGUUUGGGUCGCAUGUGGUCCUGGUCCAGCAUCCGAAAGCACAGAGAGAACCUGAAGGCCUACAAGACCGCCUACAAGGCCAAACUGCUGAGUCAGAACAAGCCGAGCCAGGACACCGAGCGGCACAUCCAGGACAUGGAGAAGAUUCUGGACGUCUUCAACAUCACGUUGAUCCGGCAGCAGGCCCACAUGGAGGUGAUCAGGUCGGGGCAGAAGGUGAUGGGGAAGAAGGCGGCGGGGAGGCAGAAGCCGGCAGGAGGAGGAGGAGGAGUUUUCUUCAGCAGCUUAUUUGGUAGAAAGAGCAAGAAGGAGGUGCAGGAGCCAGAGGAGAACAAGGAGAUAGAGAGGCUGGACGAGCUCAUGACGGCCGAGGAGAAACAUAAACUUUAUACCGCCAUCGGCUACAGCGGCAGCUGUCACAACCUGGCCCUCCUCCCCAAGCAGUAUGUCGCCGUGGUCGUCAGCUUCCAGCUCUUCAGGACCUCGGUGACGGUCAGAGAGCGGCCGGAUGUCCCCGAAAUCCUCAAGGUCCAGAUGAUCGACCUCAGCACCAAGAUAUCUCAGAGACCUGGAGCCCAGGCCUUCAGGGUGGAGGCGGCGCUGCAGCACUGGUUCGUCACCGGGCUGCAGCAGCAGGGGGAGGUGCCCUCGCUCAUCGCCUCGGUGGGAGACUCCUCCUCCUCUCUGCUCGACGUUGUGUUCGAGAUGAAUCCCGAGGACGGCGGCGCCGACCAGCUGCUGCGAGUCCACUCUCAGCCCGUGGAGAUCGUCUACGACGCCCUGACGGUGAACAGCGUGGCCGACUUCUUUAAGACCGGGAAAGGCGUGGACCUGGAGGUCCUGACCUUAGCCACGCUCUCCAAGCUGGAGGAGAUCAAAGAGAAGACUGGAGCAGGUCUGUCUCACAUCAUUGAGACCAGGAAGGUCCUGGACCUGAGGAUUGACCUGAAGCCGUCCUACCUGCUCAUCCCCACGGCCGGUUUCUACAGCAGCAAGUCGGACCUCCUCAUCGUGGACUUUGGCAGAUUACAGCUCCACAGUGUCGAGCAGAGCGGCUCGUCUUCGCCCUCCUCCUCUCUGGAGGAGAUCAUGGACCGAGCCUACGAGAGAUACAACGUGGAGCUGCGACGAGUCCAGGUGCUCUACAGCAAGUCAGGUGAGGCCUGGAAGUCCGCUCGGCUGCAGGCCUCAUCGGUCCAGCACAUCCUCCAGCCGAUGGACUUCACUCUCCAGCUGGCCAAGUGCAUGGUGGAGAAGGACGCCCGGAUGCCCAGGUUCAAGGUGUCGGGGGAGCUGCCGCUGCUGCACGUAAAGAUCUCAGACCAGAAGAUCCACCAGGUCCUGGAUCUGAUCGACAGCAUCCCGCUGCCCAACUUGGGCUCCUCCCUUUCCUCUCCCACAGAGAAGGGGCUCUCAUUGGCGGAGGCCAGACCACGAGCGCUCCACCUUCACCCCGCCCUCCUGAGCACCAUAGAAACAGACUCGGAUGAAGACGCCAACGAGAAGUCGACGGACGAGUUCCUCCAUCGCUCGUCUCUGGAGGAACUCACCGACCUUCACUUCCUGUUUGAAGUCAAAGAGGUGCUGUUGGAGCUGACCCGGCAGGUGGACCAGGAGAAGACCGUCCUGUCCCUCAGAGUCUGUCAGCUGGGAGCUGAAGGGAAGAGGCGGAGCUUCGACCUGAGCGUCACAUCUUACCUGCGCAGAGUCACACUCGACUACUGCGACGUUCCAGGUGGGAGGAGCCGUCCUCUCCACCUCAUCAGCUCCUCGGAGCAGCAGGACUCAGACCUGCUGAAGGUGGAGUUCAUCAAGGCCGACCCCAGCGGCCCCGGCUUCCAGACUGUGUUCAACAGCACCGAGCAGACGCUGAAGGUGGACUUCUCCUCUCUGGACUUCCUCCUUCACACCAAAGCUCUGCUCUCAACCAUCAACUACCUGAGCAGCGCCGUGCCGCCGCGGCUCGCCACCGGCCGGGACCAGGACGCCAGGAAGAAGGUGGAGAGGGCGGGACAGGACCGGACAGUGCCUAAAGGAGCCAAAGAUGGCGGCGUGUUCAGCUUCAAGCUGUUUGCCGUGCUGGGCUGUUUCCACGUGCAGGUUUGUGACGACCGCUGCAGCAUCGCCGACAUCAGAGUCCAAGGAAUCGAUGCCACGGUGUCGGUGCAGGCGAAGGCGACGGAGGUGUUCGCUCGACUCCGAGACAUCGUGGUCACAGACGUCGACCCCAGAACCGUCCACAGAAAGGCGGUGUCCAUCGUGGGUGAGGAGGUGUUCAGCUUCCAGCUCUCCUUGUUCCCGGGGGCCACAGGGGGGCGGGGCUACAGCGACACGUCUCAGGUGGAUGGGAAGGUGACGCUGCGUCUGGGCUGCAUCCAGAUCGUCUACCUGCACAAGUUCCUCAUGUCGCUGCUGACGUUCGCCGACAACUUCCAGACGGCCAAAGAGGCGCUGAGCGCCGCCACGGCUCAGGCGGCGGCUCAGGCGGCGUCCAGCGUCCGUGACUUCGCCCAGAAGAGCUUCCGUCUGUCCAUGGACAUCAAGCUGAAGGCCCCUCUCAUCAUCAUCCCCCAGUCCUCCAGCUCCCAGAAUGCCGUGGUGGUGGACCUGGGUCUCAUCACGGUGGGGAACAGCUUCUCUUUGCUGCCGGCGGAAGGCUUCUCUCUGCCGGCGGUGAUGGAGAAGAUGGACGUCAAGCUGACUCAGCUGAAGCUCUGCAGAACCACGCUGGGGAGAGACGCUCCUCACCACGACAUCCUGCAGCCAAUCAACCUGGAGCUGCUCGUCACCAGGAACCUGGCUGCUUCCUGGUUCACCAAGAUCCCCGGAGUCCAGGUCCAGGGAGUCCUCCGGUCCCUCAACAUGAGUCUGGGGAAAGAAGACCUCGGUGUGCUGAUGAAGAUCCUGGUGGAGAACAUUGGGGAGGGGAGCAAAGAGCAUAGACUGGUGGCUCAAGAGAAGGCGGAGCUUGCCGAGCAGCAGGUGGAGGUGGCGCCGUCACAGACACGGUCCGGUGGAGCGCCGGCCGCCACCAACGGAGGCGUGAAUGAAAACACCGUCAACAUCCUUUUGAACUUUGAAAUCAAAGAGGUUUUGCUGACCCUCAAGAAGCCCAGAGAGCAAGAGGAGUCACCGUUCCUGGUCUUCCAUGUUGCUCACCUCGGCAUCAACACCAAAGUCAGAAAGUACGACACGUGUGCCACAACAUUUAUCAACAAGAUCACCAUGAAGUGUCUGGAGUUCAAAGACUCCAGUGGCGAGCCGCUGUGUCUCAUCAGCUCUUCUGUGGAGUCUGGAGCCGAGCUGCUCAAAGUGCAGUAUUUCAAGGCGGACCGCUCGGGGCCCAACUUCUCCUCAGUCUACAAGAACACAGAGCAGAUGAUCAACGUGACGUUCACCUCUCUCGACCUCAUGCUCCACACUGAGGCUCUGCUGUCAGCCAUCAACUUCCUGUCAGUGGCUCUUUUGUCCGGCAGCGUGGCAUCUCCGGAGAGAGAGAUCAGACCAAAGACGGAGGAGAAGACGGCAUCUGCCAAGUCCACCGCCCUGGUGUCACCUGCCGAAAGUGACAUCAUUGACCUGAAGGUGUUGAUGACGCUAGGAGCCUUCAACGUUCUGGUGUGUGACCAGAGCUGCAACAUGGCCGACAUCAAGAUCCAAGGUAUUAAUGGAUCUUUGCUGAUGCAAGGAACACAAACUCAGAUAUCCGCCCGCCUGAGAGAUUUCAUCGUCCUGAACGUGGACCCCAAAAGCAUCCACAAGAAGGCGAUCUCCAUCAUGGGUGAUGAGGUGUUCAGCUUCAACAUGAGUCUCACUCCGAACGCCACAGAGGGCGCCGGUUACACCGACACCUCCAAAACCGACGGCAAAGUCAAGCUGAACGUGGGCUGCAUCCAGGUGGUUUACCUGCACAAGUUCAUCAUGUCUCUGCUGAACUUUACCAACAACUUCCAGACGGCCAAAGAGGCGCUGAGCGCCGCCACGGCUCAGGCGGCGGCUCAGGCGGCGUCCAGCGUCCGUGACUUCGCCCAGAAGAGCUUCCGUCUGUCCAUGGACAUCAAGCUGAAGGCCCCUCUCAUCAUCAUCCCCCAGUCCUCCAGCUCCCAUGAUGCACUUGUGAUGGACCUGGGUCUGAUCACGGUGGGGAACAGCUUCUCUUUGCUGCCUGUUGACGGCUGUCCGCUGCCGGCCGUCAUCGACAACAUGGACGUCGAGCUAACCCAACUCAAACUCUCCAGGACCUGUAUGGAUCCGGCGUCGGGUCGACCCACCACCGAGCUGCUGGAACCAGUGAACUUGCACCUGAAUGUAAAGAGGAACCUGGCAGCUUCCUGGUACAAGAAGAUGGUUGCCGUGGAGGUCAAUGGAGAUCUAAAGCCAAUGAAGGUAGAACUAAGUCAGGACGACCUGAAGGUACUGCUGAGGAUCUUGAUGGAGAAUCUGGGAGAGGCCAGCAGUUUAGAGCCCACCGCCCUGAGACAGGAGGCCAGUCUGCAGCUCCCAGCAGCCGGAGGCCCCCGAGCAGGUGAUCUUGGAAAACCAUUUUUAAGCAGUGAUGAAGAGGAGGAGGAAGCUCUGGAGACCCUGAAGUUUAACUUCAACAUUGAGUCUCUUGGUCUGGUUCUGUACAGAAACGACCCCAAACAGCCCUCAGACCUCAAGCGGCAGCAGAACCUCAGACUGGGCGAGUUCGCCCUCCACCUGCUGAAAGCUUCAGGGAAGCUCCUGAGCAACGGCAGCAUGGAGGUGACUACAGUCCUCAGCGCCUGCACGCUGGACGACCUGCGGACGGGCAUGGAGAGAGUGACCUCAAGGAUGGUCGGCCGGAGGGACGAGGAGAGCCCCGAGGCGAUGAUCGAGGUGGCGUAUCGGCAGAGCGCUGGACAGCGGGAGGUGGUGGCCGUCCUGCAGAAGCUCUACCUGUGUGCCAGUGUGGAGUUCCUGAUGGCCGUCGCAGAUUUCUUCUUGAAGGCUUUGCCGCAGAGUUCGGCUCCGACCGCUACGUCUGCGCCGUGCGACAGACUGCCGCUGAGACAGACCACCGGGCCACGACUAGACGCCAAGACCGCCUCCAUGGUUAGGACUCGUCUGCGCGUGGUGGUGGUGGACCCGGAGGUGGUGUUCGUGGCCAGCCUGAUGAAGGCCGACGCCCCCGCACUCGUGGCCUCAUUUCAGUGCGACUUCAGCUUGCAGGCCGAGGAGGACGGGACCCAGAACACGAGAGCCAACCUCAGGGAGCUGAAGGUCCUCGCGUGCCCCUUCAUCCGAAACAAGGAGGACAAAGCCGUGACAAUGGUGUUGAGACCCUGCUCUGUGGCCUUGGAUGCCAAAAGCCACCCGAACCAACCCCUGAGCGGCUGUGUGACGGUGGAGGAAGUCAUUGUCAAGAUCUCUCCGUUCAUCCUCAACACGGUGCAGACCAUAACAACCGCCAUGACAGCGGAGCAGAGCAGCGAACAGAGUCGGGAGUCAAAGACUGAAUUCAGCGACCUCUGGUCAGCCAUGAACGUCUACAGCUGCAACUACUGGUUCCUGGGAGUGGACCAGGCCACCGAGGUCACCGAGAGCUUCAAAGAGCAGGACGGGCGCCAAGAGGGCGAGAGCUUUACUGCGGAGGUCAAGGUGGUCCAGGUUACUCUGGAGUCCGGUGUGGGACAUCGGACUGUCCCUCUGCUGCUGACCGAGUCCUCCUUCAAUGGAUCGGCCAAAAACUGGUCGUCUCUGCUGCAGCUCAGAGCAAAUAUGACACUGGAGGUGAACUACUUUAAUGAGGUCCAUGCCGUGUGGGAGCCUCUGGUCGAACGGGUCGACAGCGGCAAACGUAGAUGGAACCUGGAGCUUGAGAUGAAGAACAACCCGCUCCAGGACAAGAGUCCCGUUCACGGAGACGACUUUGUCAUUCUGCCUGAACCUCGCACAGCCAUCAACAUCUGCUCCAACGACACCAUGAACAUCACCGUCUCCCAGUGCAGCCUCAACGUCUUCUAUAACCUCGCCAAGGCGUUCUCUGAGGCCACAGCCUCCACCUUUGACUACUCUCUGAAGGAGAAGGCCCCCUUCACCAUCAGAAACUCUCUUGGGAUCCCUCUCAUCGUGCAGCACACCGCCUCCUUGAGGCCGGUGGGUUCUCCAGCUCUGGGGAAACUACACGAGCUGUCGGUGGACCAGACCAUCGACCUGGAGUACUCCACGUUCGCUUCGGCGUCACGAGACAAACUGUCGGCUCUGCAGCGACAAGAGAGCUGCCUGUUCAACCUCAGCAUCGUGCCCUCCGGAUACAGUGAGAUCGCCAACAUCGCUUUAGACAAACCGGGUCGUCGUCUCUACAACGUGCGGGGGCCGAAGCUGCAGGAGGCGGUCUCUGUUGUGCUGCAGAUCGACGCUGCCGAGGGCAACAAGGUCAUCACUGUCCGCUCGCCGCUGCAGAUAAAGAAUCACUUCUCGGUGCCGUUCACUGUGCUGAAGUACUGCCCGGCCUCCAGGAGCCUGCAGAGCGUCGGACAGGCCGAUCCCGAGCGGGAGUUUCACAUCGCCCUGGAGUCAUACAGGUGUCAGCUGUUUGUGCGUCCGGCGGGCAGCCUGGACGGUCAGUACGCUGCGUCCACCACCUGCGUGUCGUGGAAGGAGCAGGUGCACCACAGUUUGGAGGUGCGCUCGGUGCUUCAGUGUCCGGCGUCCGACAGCAGCCUCCUGCCGCUGGCGGUCAGCGUGCUGGCCGUCCCCGACGACCUGCGACACAUCGCCAGCCUCGGAGAGGAGGACUGGGACCCGGCCUACGUCAUCCACCUCCACCCGGUGGCCACGCUACGCAACCUGCUGCCCUACACCGUCCGCUACAUGAUGGAGUGCUCGGCAGACUCUUAUGAGCUCCAGGAAGGCAGCACGGCGGACCUCCUCGACGCUCGCGUCGCAGGUGAGAUGGUGUCCCUGGUGCUGACGAGGUAUCAGGGCCGCGACUGGCACGGACACGUGCGCAUCGAGCGCGAGAUGCCGGAGUUCUUCCCCGUGUGUCUCGUCUGCGACUCCGACGUCGGCGUGACGGUGGACGUGAGCGUCCACGCCACGCGGACCGCGAGCCGCCUGCUGCUGUCGCUCUUCAGCCCGUACUGGAUCAUCAACAAGACGUCCCGCGUGCUGCAGUACCGCUCCGAGGACGUGAGCGUCAAACACCCGGCCGACUACCGCGACAUCAUCCUGUUCUCCUUCAGGAAGAAGAACCUGUUCAGCAAGAGCAAGCUCCAGCUGUGCGUCUCCACCAGCUCCUGGUCAGAGGGGUUCUCCUUGGACACUGUGGGAAGUUACGGCUGCGUUCGCUGUCCCGCCAACAACAAGGACUUCCUGGUGGGCGUCAGCAUCCGGAUGAGCAGCUUCAACAUCACCCGGGUCGUCACCAUGAGUCCUUUCUUCACUCUGGUCAACAAGUCCUCCUACGAGCUGGAGGUCGGGGAGGUCACCAGCCAGACCGCCACCAGGUGGCACUACAUCUCCUCCACCGAGUGCCUCCCUCUGUGGCCGGACAACAGCUCGGGGAAGUUGUGCGUCCGUGUGGUCGGAUCUGAAUCCACCUCCAAGUUGUUCUUCUUCAACCGGCAGGACAACGGCACCCUGCUGAGCCUCGACACGUGUGGUGGGAUCAUCGUAGACGUGAACAUCUCCGAUCUCUCCAUCGCCGUCAGCUUCACUGAUUACUAUGAAGGAGCAGCUCCAGCUCUGCUGCUCAACCACACGCCCUGGGUCUCCAUCAGCUACAGGCAGAGCGGCUCAGCGACGGUUCACGAGCUGAAACCCGGCGAGGCUCGCCGCUUUGUGUGGGACGACCCGGCGGGCGUCCGGAAGCUCAGCUGGAGCUGCAUGGAACAUUCUGGAGAGCUGGACCUGCUGAAGGACGACGUGGGACAGUUCUCCUCCGACAGCCUGGCUCAGGUUCACUGGGUUUCCUUCCUGGACGGACGCCAGCGGGUGCUGCUGUUCACCGAGGACGUCGGCGUGGUGACAAAGGCUCGCCAGGCCGAGGAGCUGGAACAGUUCCAACAGGAAGUGAAUGUGUCGCUGCAGAACCUCGGGCUGUCGCUCAUCAACAACGUCAACCGGCAGGAGAUCGCUUACAUUGGCAUCACCAGCUCCGGAGUGGUUUGGGAGAUGAAGCCAAAGAACCGCUGGAAGCCGUUCAACCAGAAGAACAUCAACCUGCUGGAGAAGACCUACCAGAGCCAGCUGAGCGGGAGGACGGAGGGCGGCUGGCUGAGGCUGGAGAGCAACCUGGAGGUCAACCUGAACGCAGCCGUCAUGAUGAUGCGUCAGCCGUUCUCCUCGCCGGUGAGGAGGAACUUCCUGUCUGGGAUCCAUGUGGAGUUCAAACAGUCGCCGCACCAGCGCAGCCUGAGGGCCCAACUGCACUGGCUGCAGGUGGAUAACCAGCUGCCAGGCGCCAUCUUCCCCAUCGUCUUCCAUCCGGUUCCUCCUCCAAAAUCCAUCGCUUUGGACUCGGAGCCGAAGCCGUUCAUCGACGUGUCCGUCAUCACCAGGUUCAACCAGCACAGCAGCGUCAUGCAGUUCAAGUACUUCAUGGCUCUGGUGCAGGAGAUGGCUGUGAAGAUCGAUCAGGGUUUCCUGGGGGCCACCUUGGCUCUGUUCACCCCGGCUGAAGUUCCCCAGGCCGACAAGCAGAAGGUGCAGCUGCUGGACAGAGACCUGCAGCUGCUGGAGGCGGAGCUUAUGGAGGCGUCGCUCAGCGACUCUUCAGGACUCAGCUUCUUCGAGCAUUUCCACAUCUCGCCCAUCAAGCUCCAUCUCAGUUUGUCUCUGGGCUCCAGCGGUGAGGACUCCUCUCAGGACACGGCGGCCCUUCAGUCUUUCAACCUGUUGCUGAAAAGUAUCGGAGCCACGCUGACGGACGUCGAUGACCUCGUCUUCAAGCUGGCCUUCUUCGAGGUGAAGUACCAGUUUUACCGCAGAGAGAAGCUGAUGUGGGCCGUGGUGCGUCACUACAGUGAGCAGUUCCUCAAGCAGAUGUAUGUUCUGGUUCUGGGUCUGGACGUCCUAGGGAACCCUUUUGGACUGAUCCGAGGUCUGUCUGAGGGAGUGGAGGCCUUCUUCUACGAACCUUUCCAGGGAGCCGUUCAGGGUCCCGAGGAGUUUGCAGAAGGUUUUGUGAUCGGAGUCCGCAGCCUGUUGGGUCACACAGUCGGUGGUGCUGCAGGAAUGGUUUCCAGGAUCACGGGUUCGGUGGGGAAAGGUCUGGCAGCCAUCACCAUGGACAAAGAGUACCAACAGAAACGCCGAGAAGAGAUGAACCGACCGCCCAGAGACUUCGGGGCGAGUCUGGCUAAAGGAGGAAAAGGACUGCUGAAGGGGGUCAUGGGGGGAGUGACCGGCAUCGUCACCAAACCGGUGGAGGGAGCGAAGAAGGACGGAGCGGCCGGCUUCUUCAAGGGCAUCGGGAAAGGCCUGGUGGGCGUGGUCGCCCGGCCCACGGGGGGCAUCGUGGACAUGGCCAGCAGCACCUUCCAGGGCAUCCAGAGAGCGGCGGAGUCAACAGAGGAAGUGACCAAACUGCGGCCGGUGCGUCUGAUCAGGGAGGACGGGAUCAUCCGACCUUAUGACCUGACGGAGUCGCAGGGUUUGGACCUUUUUCAGCGCUCUGAGAUCCAGCUGCUGGAAGGGGAGGUGUUCAGAGACCUGUGUCCGUAUCCUGGACACAGAAAGACCAACAUCAUCAUCACCAACAGGAGGGUUCUGUGUGUGAAGGAGAUGGACUUCGUCGGUCAUUUCAACAGAGAGUGGGAGUGUUUGUUUGAGAACUUCUACCGACCUCCAGCUGUGACGGGGUCAGAGCUGAAGAUCUACUGCAAGGAGCAGCAGAAGUUGAUGCUGCCAAAGAGAAGCGCUCAGGAGUCAGUGAGGAACGUUCAGCUCAGAGACUCAAACACUGCUCAGAAGCUGCAGGCGGCCAUAUCGGACGCUCAGGUGGCGCAGCAGCAGCGCCGCAUGGCGAGACAGAAGUCCCAGCGCUUCCUCAAAGAACACUGAUGUCAUUUCCUGUCAGCACAUCCACUUCCUGUCCACUUCUGAUCUUCCUUACAUAUCUUGAACUGCAUCUUGCGAUAUGUAAAGGAAAUAUACAUGUAUACAUACUUUAUACAUACAUUCAUAUAUAGUUUCUUUGUUUGAACUUCCUGUCGGGUUAGGGUUAGAUUCGGGUUAGGGUUUGAUUUCCACUGGAUGCUUUUAUUUUGAAGGUGGACUAGACCAAUGCACUGGGUCAGCAGGGGUGUGGGUUUGAUUUCCACUGGACGCUCUUAUUUUGAAGGUAUACAAAGUCACACUGCUGUCAGGCAUUCUGGGUAAAAAUCCUUCAAGAAAUGGUCGCUGGAGUCGUGUGAUCGUUAUUCAAUUAUUUUGAGUGAUUUUGUUAUGUUUUACCUGUUGAACCAAUGAACCAUCCUGUUUGUAACGUUUAAAUCUAAAUAUCUACCAUGAAUAUUAAUGUGGAGACGAGUUAUCUUAUUUUAAUAAGAGGGCAUAAGAGGGUUUGGGGUAUUUUUGUCCCUGCUGGUUGACUGCAGGCUGCACUGUCACAUGCUUGAAGAUGAAGCCAUAAAAACAACAUAUUGCACUAAACUGAUAUUUACAGUAAUCUAGUUGUUGAUGAUGAUGAAUGUUUAUCUUUUUAACAAAUAUCUCAAAUGAAGAUUUAGACAAUCUGACUGUUUAAUCCAUAAAUGAGUCAAUUUGAUUGAUCAGAGUUCAUCUUGUUCUUCAACAAAGUCUGAAAACCUAAAUCUCCUCAUCGAUCAAUAAAUCCGAGGUUACCCAAA